AGUUCCCGGCCGGGGGAGGGCGGUGAGGCGCGCCCGCCAUGGCGGCGCCCGCGCGGGUGUUCGCGUUCCGGGACGUGCGCUGGGCCCCGGACCCGGUGCUGGCUCCGAGCGCGGCCGUGCGGAGCCCGCAGCCGGUGCCGCUGGUCAUCGACAACGGCUCCUUCCAGACGAGGGCGGGAUGGGCCUGCCCCGACCCCGCCGUCCCCGCCGAGCCGCUGCUGCGGUUCCGCUCGCUGGCGGCGCGGAGCCGCGGGGCCCGCGGCGGGGCCGGCGCAGAGACCCAGGUGGGGAAUGACCUGGGCAGCCCCGAGCCCCUGCGCUGGCUGCUGCGAUCGCCCUUCGACCGCAACGUGCCCGUCCAGCUGGAGCUGCAGGAGCUGCUCCUCGACCACGUCUUCCAGCGCCUCGGCGUCUCCUCGCAGGGCUGUGUGGAUCACCCAAUUGUUCUGACAGAAGCAGUUUGCAAUCCUCUGUACUCAAGGCAAAUGAUGUCUGAGCUCCUCUUCGAGUGCUACCAAGUGCCAAAAGUGUCCUAUGGCGUGGACAGCCUGUACAGCUUUUAUCACAACAGAAGGCAGAACUGGCCCUGCAGUGGCUUGGUGAUAUCCUCAGGGUACCAGUGCACACACAUUCUGCCAGUCUUAGAGGGCAGGCUGGAUGCCAAGAACUGCAAGCGCAUUAACCUGGGGGGGUGCCAGGCUGCCGUGUACCUGCAGCGGCUGCUGCAGCUGAAAUACCCCGGCCAUUUCGCAGCCAUCACGCUGAGCCGCAUGGAGGAGAUCCUGCACGAGCACAGCUACAUCGCCCAGGACUACAUAGAAGAGCUGCAGAAGUGGCGGUGCCCAGAGUACUACGAGAACAAUGUGCACAAGAUGCAGCUGCCUUUCUCCAACAAGCUGCUGGGCAGCACCGUGGCAUCCGAGGAGAAGCAGGAGAAGAGGCAGCAGCAAUUGCGGCGGCUUCAGGAGCUCAACGCGCGGCGUCGGGAGGAAAAGCUGCAGCUGGACCAGGAGAGGCUGGACAGGCUGCUGUAUGUGCAGGAACUUUUAGAAGAUGGUCAGAUGGAUCAGUUCCACAAAGCUUUGGUGGAGCUGAACAUGGACUCUGCAGAAGAACUUCAGUCUUACAUCAACAAAUUGAGUCUGUCUGUUGAACAAACGAAGCAGAAAAUCCUACAGUCAGAAGUCAGCAUUGAAGUAGAUGUAGUGGACAGCAAGCCAGAGACUCCUGACUUGGAUCCACUGGGCAGUGAACAGUCCCUGGAGGAUGUGGAGAGUAUUAAUGAGUUUGAACCUUUAUUUGCUGAGGAGCAGCCUGAAGUUGAGAAGCCUGUUGCUGCAGUGCAGCCUGUGUUUAACCUGGCAGAGUACCACCAGCUUUUCCUUGGCACUGAAAGAAUCAGGGCUCCAGAGAUUGUCUUCCAGCCCUCCCUGAUAGGAGAGGACCAGGCUGGUAUAGCAGAAACCAUGCAAUAUGUCCUUGAAAGAUAUUCAAAGGAACAACAGGCUGUCCUUGUCCAGAAUGUUUUCCUCACUGGUGGAAAUACAAUGUACCCUGGACUGAAAGCCAGAAUCCAGAAGGAGCUGCUGGAAAUGAGGCCAUUCCAGUCAUCCUUUCAGGUUCACCUUGCUUCCAGCCCCAUCUUGGAUGCCUGGUACGGGGCUAGGGACUGGGCAGUGGAAUACAUGAGCCGUGAGGAGGGCUGGAUAAGCAGGAAGGACUAUGAGGAGAAAGGAGGGGAAUACCUCAAGGAACACUGUGCUUCCAAUGUCUACGUUCCCAUCCGCCUUCCCAAGCAGGCCCCGCGGGCAGCAGAGGCUCCCAGCAAAGCCUCGGGCACAGGGAACCCCAGUGAGCAGGCAUAGCCCUGUCCUUGGCACCCCCAGCGCUGCAGGGCAGAGUUCCUGAGUGCAGCAGGGCAGAGUUCCUGAGUGCAGCAGGGAAAAGUUCCUGAGUGCAGCAGGGCAGAGUUCCUGAGUGCAGCAGGGCAGAGUUCCUGAGUGCAGCAGGGAAAAGUUCCUGAGUGCAGCAGGGCAGAGCCUCGCUGGCUGCUGGAGCACCGAGAUCCCAUCCAGGUCCUUGGACACACUGGCACGGCUGGAGCAGCUCAGUGCUGCUCACACACAGCAGCUCGUGGAGAGGAAAAGUUGCUUCUUCACGACUGGCAUAGUAAUGCUCAGGGGUUUUGGAGAGUGUACGUUUUACAGCUUUUUAAAAUGUAAUAAAAUGGCCUGUUUUUAUAUGGUUUUUUAUUGCAGCAGGGCUGUAGCAAGCCGGGCAGCCCAGCAGGUGUCCCCCUUGCCCGUCUCACAAUCGUCUGUCGGGACAUGUCGGGCAGGUCGUGCUGCAGGGCACGGGGGGCUGAGCUUAGCCCGCCUCCCGAGGCCUCCUGUUCAUCUCCUUCCUGCUAAACCACCUCCAGAUAACCAGUGGGUACUUCUUGUCUCCACCGAUGUCAGAUACCGGUGUUGUGGUUGAAACUGGAGAGCUGGGCACACAAAGACAUAGCCCUACAUAAAGCACCGUCCAGAGGCACUGCCAAGCCUUGUGCUGCCCUUGAGUGGUUCUGCAGGCUGAGCAGGGCAGCUCUCUGAUGGGACUUCUUGAUCAAAAGUUGUCAUAGCAAUAAAGCAAAGCUUUUUUGCUUUAC